UUUAGUUAUGAUCAACCCUCCCCUGAUUAGACGAGCAUAAGCGUAGUUCAGACUUCAGAAUCUAGAUAAGAUAGGUGACGAGUCCCAUCUGCCAAACUUGUUAAUUAUUUUUCUGGCUCUUUGUUUGUCCUCUGCUACAUAUUGGUGGACACAUCCAUCACACGGUGGAGAGAGGAGGAGGAGGAGGAGAGAGGAAGGCGCGCAACAAGCACGGGCACACGGCGUCGUCGAUCGAGAUGGGCAACAGCCUGCGGUGCUGCCUGGCGUGCGUGCUCCCCUGCGGCGCGCUCGACCUGGUCCGGAUCGUGCACCUCAGCGGCCGCGUCGACGAGUACGGCCGCGCCGUGUCGGCCGGGCAGGUGCUCGCCGCGCACCCCGAUCACGUGCUCAGCAGGCCCUGCUCGUCGCAGCAGGGGGUGGUGCGCCGGAUACUCAUCGUGUCGCCGGACUCGGAGCUGAAGCGCGGGGAGAUCUACUUCCUCAUCCCGGUGGCCUCCGUGCCCGACGGGAAGAAGGGUGGCGCGCCGGGACGGCACUCCCGUAGCAAGUCGGAAGGCAGCGUCGUCGUCGGGGAUCGGCGCCAGCUGGCGCUCGGCGGCGUGUCGCUGGAGAAUACGACGACGACGACGAAGAGGAAGGCGGCGCAGCAGCACCGGAGGCGCAUGAGCACCGGUAGCCACGCCUCGCCGUGGCAGCCGCACCUCGCGUGCAUCGCCGAGGACCUCUGAGGAGUUCCCGCGCGUGGCGUGACGCUGUGAUUAUUCAAUUCCCUUUUUCCCUCUCAUGUAUCCGCGUGGUAAAUAUUCUCGAUUUCGUCCAUGUCUUCUCUUUGGUCGCUUGUUUUUCCCUCUUUCCAAGUGUACAUUCAAGUGCCACGCGUUGAUCUUCUUGUACCGAUUUUUUAACAUCUUUUGUAACUUCUUUUUCGUUUGGGUGAAGAGCGUUCCUGAAUUUUUCUCA